CCUGCCUUAAGAGUUUUAGUUAGAAGUAUUAGUUAGAAGGUUGGCACCAAAAUUGACAACUGUCAAAAAAAUGUCAGGUUGAGGUUAGAAAUCAAUCAAUCAAAGAGCAAUGCAUUGAAAUCUCAAAAACCCAACAAAAUUCCGACGAUUUUUCAAGAAUGUUCGUGAAUUUCACGUGAACUAAAACCCCCAACAAAAAAUGUCCUCGAAUCUGGAAGUUGAGCCGGGGGCAGCCUCCGAGAGUGUCCUUGUUACCACCGACUCCUUUGACAAUUUUGAUCACAUGAGCUCGAGCCUCGAAGAAAUCAAAAACCUGAAUGCACUCGCGGAAAACGACUCAAACGUGGAAAACAGCAACGUCGAGAAUUUUGACGAAAUCAGCGAGAAUCUCUCAAUUAACAACGAAGAGGACGAUUUCGUCCAGUCAAAGGAGUGGGCUUGUAAGAACAAACAUGUCUUUGUCCUCAGCAUGGCCGGGAAACCCAUCUAUUCGAGAUAUGGAAACGAGGAUAAGCUAGCCUGGUUGUUCGGUGUUAUGCAAACACUGGUUAGCUUCGUACAGUCAAAUGAGGACACCAUUAGGAGCAUCCAUGCCGGGGACACGAAGUUUGUCUUUUUAAUUAAGAAACCGUUAAUUUUAGUCGCCGUUUCUCGAACGCAGGAAAGUGUAAAUCAGCUGUGUUCACAACUAAACUACGUAUUUAAUCAAAUAGCCAGUGUCUUAACCUUGACUAGACUUAAUAAAAUUUACGAGCAACGCCAGAAUUAUGACUUAAGACGGCUUCUGGCAGGUGUUGAGAGACUCAUUGACCACUUGCUAGAUUUCUCAGAGAAGGAGCCUUCGUUCACUUUGGGCGCAGUCCAGUGUCUGUCACUUGCGUCCUCAGUGAGAGACAACAUCAGCUCGGCCAUUGUCGGAGCUUGCAGCAAAAUUAAAAACCUAGUUUUCGCAAUACUUCUCGCAAACAAUAAACUUAUCACUCUAGUCCGCAUGAAAAAAUAUUGCCUUCACCCGGCCGAUCUCCAUUUAAUAUUUAACUUAGUCCAAGCCUCCGAAAGCCUCAAAACGGCUGAAAGUUGGACACCGUUAUGUCUUCCACGGUUUGACGCUAGUGGUUUUUUAUACGGACAUGUGUCCUACUUGGCUGAAGACUGUCAAGCGUGUUUGCUCCUCCUGACGGUGGAAAGGGACGUAUUUUUUGCCCUAAGUGAGGCGAAACAACGCAUAGUGGAAAAACUGCGACGCAGCAACUGCUUAGAAGCAAUCAAUGAGUCGCUGAGUGCGAAAGAAGAAACUUGCAUUGUUGCGGGUUUCCCCGAACUUAGGCACUAUUUGUACAAAUGCAAAAGUACAGCACAGUUCUACCAACCAAGCUUGACCCCACCGUACACCAAAUAUAACGAGAGACUAACAAAGUUGUACAAACGGGCGCAUAACUUGUUGCAUUGCUCGACGAGGCCGCUAAAGUUGUUAUUUGAGAAAAACUCAGACGAGGCGAUUUUGGCGUGGGAUACGAGAGGUUUUGAGCUUUAUGUAGUUUUCGAGCCCUUGAUUGACACAAACAGUGCGAUUAACUCAGUGGGGCGGCUGCUGAACUGGAUUAAGAAAAGGGAGGAGAAGUUGUUUCAUCUCAAUGCGCCCACUUUUUGAGCCAUUUGAUUUGUAUAUAUUAUAAAUAUGUAAAUUUUGUGGAAAUCUAAGGUAUAGGCUUAAUCUGUGAUAUUCACAAUCCUAAACUUGUUGAUGUAUUUAAUUAUUGAUUGUAUAAAACGAUGUAUUGAAAAAUCA